AUGCCGUGGGCCCUCACCAGCGACGCCCGGCUGGCGAGGGCUGCCAAUGGCAACAUGAUUGGCGAGACCAUGAUGAAGAUCUAUCACGACGUGUGGGAGGGGGCGCUGUCGUGCUGGCUGACGGAGCAGUCGUGUCCGUACAACACCAUCGCCAUCUCAUCCGCCCUGCACAUUCCCGAUCCGCUGCGCCGCCAGCAGCAGCAGCUGUGGGCCACCCUCGAGGACAUGCAGCGCGAGUGGGGACCCAACUGGUCCAAUCGUGUCUAUCGCCGUGUGACCAAGCUUGACCAGAAGGCCCACCUCCUCGGGCUCCGGCGUCUUCGCCCUGCAGACGAGCGCAGGGUCGCCACCGCGCUGAACGCCGUCGUGAUGGCCUUCACGGCGCAAUGGGCGCAAGCAAGCCGGAGGAGUAGCGCGCGGUGGGCUCCAGGGACAGCGCCUGACGGGUCGGACCAGCCGCCGGACCUCGACCUGGGCGACGAGUUCGACCGCACCCUGCAGAAAUCGUUCUGGAACCAGGCCCGCCGGGCGUUGGAUGACUGUGGCGAGAUCGACUCGUUUCGUGUCGUGUUUGCCGAAAUUAUCUUCGGCCUGACCCAGAAGUACGCGGCGGAGAACGCAGGCCAGCAUGCCGACGACAUCCUCGAGGAGAACGACGGCAACACCGCUCGUGCCGUUGAGGACAUCCUGGGUCAGGACACCCAGCAGAUCUGGAUCGAACGCGCCAUCCGCCGCCUGCAGGUGCUGCGGCGUCGUGUCGACCUGCACGACCUUCAGGUCCAGCGCCAUCACAACAACGGCUACUACGACGCCGAGUGCAGGAAAACGAUCGACCUUCUCUUCUGGCUGGCCGUCAUGUGUGACACAAUCUCGGCGGCGAUGACGGAGCGGCCGCUGAUGGUGGCGGACGAAGACAGCAGGAACUUGAGUCUAGCGCACCCGUCACACCACGACGCCUCCGCCGUCGCCUCGGCACCCGGCGCCCUCGACACGGCCAAACGCUGGAAUGUCAUACUGGCCAAAGAUUUACAGACCAAGAGGGUCUCGCUGCGCUGGCCCUGCUCGGACCACGACAUUGCGCAGGAGCUCACCGACGCAGCGCCCGUCAAGGUCCUGCUGUACAGGAAGGUGACGCGGCUGCAGGCGCUGGUCGCGCGGGACCGGGACCCGACAGCCAUCGAGGAGGCGAUUCAGGACUCGUUGAUGGUGUACACGCACUGGCAGGCCAUCUACUCGGGCCUCUUCUCUGACUGCGUCGCCAAUCACCUGCUGUUGUCGGCGCGGACGCAGAGCUGGUACGUGUGCCUGUUUGGCCACUGGCUGCUCGCCACCCUGCUCCUCGUCGACCUCGUCGAGAUCGUCGACCAGCGCGGCAUGGGCGGCACCAGGCAAAUGCGCCAGAGGGCCGACAAGGCCACCGUCUCGAACAUCAGGAGGUCCAGCGUUAUGCUCGUGUCUGACCUGGCGAGGGCCUCGACCCCCAGGCAUGACGACUACGGCGAGCUUGAGACCUUCCACCACGCUGUCAACGAGGGCGCGUUGCUGACCGAGCCGUGGACCAUGAUCCUGCUCCGUACCUUCUCCAGGACCGCCAUCAUCCUGCUCGAGGGCACUGUGAGGCUAGCUCCCCCCCCACAGACCGCUGACAGUGCCGAAGCCCCGGUGGUAGCCACCGAGGUGGAGAGGGGCAAUUUGGAGAGAUGCGAAAAUUGUGUCAGAGCCUUGUGGUAUCUGGGCAGGAAGUCAGAUAUGGCCAGAGAGGUAGCUGGUGUUCUGGGCGUUGCGCUCCAGCGCGAGAGAUUAAAGGCUAUUCAGUAG